UUGAACUUUUACAGUCGGUCCCUUACCGGGUAACACGAGAGGAGUGGUGUUAGAGUAGUGUGCGAUGAGUGAUUUCCUGUGCUUGUGGAAAAGCAGGCAACUGAUUAAAAUGCCAACUUUGCUUCCUUAAAAAGUGGGAGUGUACCAAGCAUACUUUUCCUCACUUUCAGCUGUCUCACAACAGCUGGAGCAAAAGAGAGAGAGGGACAAAUGUGGCUUUGAAAAGCUCAGAAGUGAAAGCAAAGCAGAAUCUAGACCAUGAUGGGAUUUGACCAGCUGGAUGUAACCGAAUAUGAUCGUUUAACAUCUUAAAAUGGGUUUUAAAAGGGUACACAUGGCUGCUUUGGAAGUCAGAAAGAUGAAAGAGGUACGAGCCAUCAUAAUGCUCCACUGAUUCUCUAAUUCUGCCAUGGAGGACGCAGUCACAUCUGAGGAUGCCGAACCUCUCUUUAAUGCUUCCCAAAACACUGAAGUCCAUCCCAAGGAGAGACCAGAACCCAAACAGGUGAGUGAUGGCCGUCCCUCUAGCACCAGCCCAGAGCUUGGCUCCUCGUCCGCCCCAUCCUCUCCUCCUAAUCAGCAAACCCAAGGCUCUGCGGUAUCAGCUCUCCAGUCCAAGGUCAAGUCUCUUUCUGAGCGCAAAGUUGUUUAUACAAACCAAGACAAGAGGGUUGUGCCGGGAACAUUCAUGUUGGGAUAUGCUCUCACUGACGCUUGGGGCUCUAGUAGCAGCGAUGAUGAGAUGGAACCCCAAAAACCUCGGACAUGUGGCUCCUCUGGGGCCAUGCUGUCAUCUCCACGUGGACUCGGAGAAGGGGCGAGUCGGGAAAACCUCUCUGGAACUCAAGAGGACCAGGUUUCACCAUGUGAUAGACCGUGGAUGCCUCCUAAGUGCUUCUGGAGGUCUGAUGUGCCAGAGACAAACGGGACACCAACUGGACGAACUCAACCGGGGUCGGUUGCCCCCAAAAUAGCCCCCAAGUUUCCAAGGGAACUGCAAAGAUCUGACAGCUUGGAAAGCCACCUUCGCAGGUACAAUCACGGCGAGGUGCUGCAGACCGGACUCUGGCGGGCCGACAGUUUGGAGAGCGUGUGUAGCGGCGGGAGCUCGCCGACGCUGGCCGAAAGGGUCGAGAUGAAUCGUGGCCUUCUCAGACAGGUGCUGCAGAAAGCCCAGAUCAAAAACGAUGAAGGUGACCAGGCGACAAACCCAGAACAGCGAUUAGAGGACGCGACCCGUGCUGGCGGGAGAGGUGUUUGUGGCAUGAAUGAUAGUGAUUUGGAUUCUGGGAUAUCUCUUCAAGGUAGCGAGACCAGUCAAAGGGCCUUUGUGUUGGCUGACGACCUUCCGCUGAGCCCUCGGCACGAGCAGGCCAAGCGACUGCUAGAAAGAGCGCGUAUGAAGGCCCGGUCCAAUCCUCUCAAAGCCGACCACACCAUCCUGCCCGUCCAGAGAGACAACCUGGAGCUGCUGUCCUGGGUUGGCGUACACCAGGCGGGGAAGGAGUGCGUGGCCUCGGGCAACCUCAGCGACUCCUCCAGCAGCGACUCUGCGGGCGGAAACAGGCAAAGACACGGCCACUCCCCCACACGCGUUCGUUUCGAAGACGAAUCGGAGAAGGACGCAGAAGUGCGCUACCUGGAACGACUGCGCCAGCGACGCAGGGCCGGAGAAAGAGCCCAGGGGUUGCUGGUGUCCAAACCCAACUUAUCUUCUUACAUCGGUGGACAAGCGGAGACCGGAUAUGACUCGGGUUCGAUAUUCGGGAAGGCCAAAGCCAGGAAAAGUUUGGUGAACGGUCAUCACCAAAGUCCAAACAGGCAAUGCAACUCCUGCGGGACGUUUCUGCACGAGUUCCCCGGAGCUAGCUUGAACUCCAACACUCUGUCGUUACCACCGACAAAUGGUGAAGCUGAAGGGAAGAAGAUACCGUGUUGGGUGGCUCCCACCCUUCCCAAUCGUCUGGUUCGAAUUGAACAGAUUAAGGAGACGUACAUCGGAACGCCGAGUCCCGUCAUCGUACAGAUUGACGAAACGCACUGCAGUCCUGUGGAUAACGCAAACGUAAGAGGAACGUUGCAGAAGCUGAAAAAGAAGGUCAGGAAACUAGAAAGCAAGCAAGAACCUUUGUACAUCAACACUGCAACAUCUCCAGACCGCGAAAAACUUUCAAUCAAUGGAACUCAAAUGUGUUUGUCGAACACAUUACCGCAAAAUCCCUACGCCACAACAGACAGAUGCAGCCCCACAUCUAUCGGCAAAGGCCUGGUGGCUCCUCCGUUGCCUCCCAAAGGAGAAACACCCUUCAGUCAUCCCCAGCCGAUCCCUCCACCUCUCCAACCUAAAAAAUCCGCUCUGAAAUCAAGCUCCAAGAGUCAUUCCGGCGGACAGCGGACAGUCACUCUCGUGUCUUCGCCGGAGUAUCGUGUCGUACACCUGGACUCCUCAGAAGUAGGGGGCGCUGUCGAGAGCUGUCGGCAGGAGCAGCCCUCCGCUGGGUUGGGUUACUGGGAGGACAGGUCUGUGAUGGUAAACCCUGGACCUUUAUGCAGAACGAGCCCGGUUAUGUGUGCCGGAAACGUACCCGCACAAGGAGACGAAUGGUCACAGACUAAAGAUGUUGAGACUCAUGGAGCGCUGGGAUCUGAUGCAACAUGCAGCAGUGCUGAAUCAACCCAAACUCGUCUGAAUGAUGGAGAUGUCAGAGGACCAAUCAAAUCAGUGCAUCAGAGAGCCACCAGCCCAAACCUUUUACAUGUGGGGACGGACGCAGAGCACCGGGAGGGUCGAUCCAAACUAUCCCUGCGACGCUUCUUCUCGGCCAUGGGACUGAACAGCGCCGGGUUGCUCGGAAAGGGACGUUCAAGCAGCAUGGAUCAACUCAGCCUGCACCCUAAACCUACCCCCCAAAAAACGAACUCAAACCCGGGACCCGCAUCACCCUCAACGUCCCCCAGUCCCACACAUAGACACCAGCUGAAGAAAGCUCCUUCACUACAGACCAUCCGCCUGGGGUCUCCAUUUCUUCAACUGAGAAGAUCCUCGUCAGCUCAAAACCUCCAGAUCCCCAAAAAGAAAACUGAUAGAUCUUCAGCAUAUAGUCCAAUGGAACAGCCCUGCAGCCCUUUACUCACCAGGAACCUCCAGCGUGCAUUAAGUGUCGAGGAUGUGGGACGGCCCAGCGCAGUGCGAUCGGUGGGUCGUGUGGCUCAGGCCUUCCCGGAUGGCACCAUCCUGCUUGAGCUCUCCAGACCUCCAAACGGUCCCUUCGGCUUUCUCAUCUCACGAGGAAAAGGCAGGUCGGACUCAGGGGUGUAUGUUGAUGGGAUGGGCGACAGCAACACUGAGAAGCUCUACGCGGGUUUGCUUGGGGUCGGGGACGAGAUUCUGGAGGUGAAUGGGGAGAAGGUGGCUGGACUGAGUUUGGACUUGGUGACCCGUUUGAUGACUCAAAACAGCACCGCGUCCAUCCGUGUGCUCCGGCACAGACGACUCCAGCGCUAAACGUGAGAGAGCCCAAACAGACUUUCCAAGAGCUCGAGUUUCAUCGAAUGUUGUUGAUGUCUCAGUUAUAUCAAUAACCGGAGCAAUAACCAUCAAACAGUGUUCAGACAUGAGAUUGUGUCCAUAAUAGGCAGUGUUUUGUUUUACUGCGCACACUGUUUCUGGUGAAGAAGGUUAAGGGAACUAUUAAAGGGAUAGUUCACAUACAAAUUAAAAUUUUAUCAUCAUUUACUUAAAACUCAUUCACGUAGCACUUUGGUCCAAGAACAUUUCUGUGAAGUUGGCAGAGGCGCUUCCGUGUGAACACACACGCUUCCCAUAAAUGUUCUGAGAUCGCUCCCGUAACAUUGCCGUAACAUACACGGAAAGCAUUCUGUGCGAACAUGAUGCAAAAACAAUGCUUUGAUGAGGACGCACAUGGGUGACUCUCACGAAAUUAGACUUAUGAGGUGUCAUUUUGAUGAAAAAAAGUAAAUGCUAUCAAAAUAAGAAGCAUUAAGUUACAAACAUCUUUUCAUGUACUAUUUUGCACAUUUUGAUUUCAAAUAACAUUAUACAAACCAAUUUUGUUGUUUUUUCUACAUUUAAGGGGGAAUAUUUCAUUACCGCAACGUGUCCAUGACUGGAUUUGGGUUCUCUCACAUGGAAAAAUUUAUAAUUAAAAAAUCUAAAAAAUAAAAAGCUUCAGUGCAUGUUAUACUAUAAACAUUUACAGUAAAGAAACAUGAGGUAUUUGGUGAUAAUUGGUAAACCUAGAGACAAUAAUAAGGAAUAUAAAUGUGUCCAAGACCAAUUUUCUCAUCCUCCGCAACAAUUUUCAAUCAUUGUUUAAGCCCUCAAGGAACUAACAUUUAAAAAAAAAAAUGGAAGGGACAUAAUUGACUGUGACACUCAAGAUGGCCACCAGGUAAGCAGUUCUUAUUUUUCUCUCCGGAUCAAAGUUAAAAUUUUGUUCGUCAUAGUACCUAGACAUCUUUUUAGUUCUCAUUACCGAAACAUGAGUUUGUAAAUGCAUAUAUUUAAUGUAAUACCAUGUUGCGGUAAUGAUCAUUUUUUGAUACUGAUAAUCUAAAAAAUGUAAAUAAUUCUAUAGGAAAUAUUUUUUAAAUCCUCUAAAAAUAAUGGUUAUUAUAAGUUCAGACCUUAAUCUUAUAUUUUUCCGAAAGAGAAAUCACGGAUUAUUAGCUAACUUUAGACGAUGUUUAAAAAAUACAUCACAUGUCUUUACCGUGUGUGUGUGAAUGCAUGCACAGAUUUGGGAAAAUCAUUGGUAGAGUUAAUGAACCAAAAAUCUAAUGAUCCCGGAUGCUUUUUCCGUGUAUUUUCUGUAAUUUCUGUAUGAAAAGGGCUUGUUUCAAACCUAUUUGUUCUGCUGAACACAAAUGAAGAUAUUUUGAAAAAUUUUAAUAACCAAACAUAUCUGGGGCACCAUUGACUUCCACUAGAAAACAAAAAUACAGUCAAUGGUGCCCCAAAUCUGUUUGGUUGUAUAAAGACAUUUAUACAGUUUUGAAACAACUUAAGGAUUAGUAAAUGAUGACAAAAUUUUCAUUUUUUUGUGAACUACCUCUUUAAGCAACGAUGGUGUGACAAUGUUCCUGUAAAGCACUGGGGGGAAAUGAAUGCGUUAUGCGAAUGGCAAAUUUACAGCAAACAUUUUCGGUACGGCACCUAAUUUUUUACUGCUAUUGAAUUUUUUACAGCUGAAUAUUAUCCAGGUACAAAUAUACCUAUACAAGCAUUAUUAAAAGAUUAUGAGAAGGUAUUGAAGGAUGGUCUGGAUUCAAUCUCAAGUGUGUUUGUGAAACAGAUCAAUGAAAGAUCAAUGUUCCCUAUCAUGUUUGAGAUUUUCCUUUACUGAAAGGCCAGAACGUAAGCAAAGCAAAGCUGCUAAAAAUGCAUUUUACUACUCAAUAAAAAAGCUAUUUUCUUUCCAAUGCACACAAAUGUAGAGGUACAGACGCUGCAGUUGCAUCGAUUAUAAACUCCAAAUGCUCUUUAGUAAAUGAAUACGAUACGUCUCCAUGAGCUGGUGCAAUAAAACGCCUCUGCUGUGCAAUCUGAUGCCAUGUCUGCUGAUCAGUAUUACGGUACAUGCGACACAAAAUGUUACCAGCCUAGGCUAUUUCGUUACAUUUAUUUAUACAUUGAUGUUACUAUAAAAUAAAACAUCUGGCUUUUGUGGGACAUCUUGGUUUUUUUCAUUCUAAAAUGUGCAUAAAUGAUACAUGAACGGCAACAUUUUGUCAUAGUAUUAUUAAAUAUAUAAACUAUAUCGAUUGUAUUGGGUUGGGAUGAAGUGGUAGCACUAAACAAGUGAAGAUCUCAGAUGUUUCUGAGGGUCUUGGGUGCUCCAGCUGUCAGUGUGAAGAGGUAAAUGGGGGGGGGGUAUGUUAGUCAAUAUCUUUCCUGUCUUCCUCCCUAUUGAUUAAACCGUGAUUGAUCCCAUCCUGAUCUCCACCAGAUUAAAAUAUCCGGAAAAUGCGAAAGCAAAAUACGUGAACCUGGGUGAUUAUUUUGAUGGAUGUCAGUAAAGGCACAUCUGUCAUCCCGAAUAUAUGAAAAUGGGAAACUUAAUGUAUCCUAACUAGAUUUUUGGAGAUUAUUAUGUUGGGUUGUUUCCAGGGCAUGGCUAUGCAGUUGCUAAGGUCUGUCACGUCGCGUUCUGAUUGGUUCGUUUUUAGUCCGCAUUAAAACCCCGCCCCCGUGAGUAUGAUGAUAUUG